UCUCGCCCCGUUGGACAGCCCCAGCAGCUGGGUUGGAAGCUAAAAUUAUCAAAGCCUGACGUCACCCAGGCAGGAGGGUAGAGCCUGGGGCUGCUCAGCAGCAGGACACUCAGGCGGGCAGUUCCAGUGAAGGGCCGGUCGGUGUUCUGCCUGGAGAGAAAGAGUGGGAGCCUGAGGAGCGAGGAUGGGAGGGGUCCCAGGAGGCCUCGGGGGUCCAAGAGGAGAAUGAGAGGUGGCACCCCUGCAGCGGCCAGAGCCCUGGCUCCACUGGCGCCCGGAGGGCGGGCUGGUGAGGAUGUGGACUUUCAUCACCCAGCUCCUGGUCACCUUGGUGCUCCUGAGCUUCUUCCUGGUCAGCUGUCAGAACGUGAUGCACAUUUUUAAGGGCUCUCUGUGCUUCGUGCUGAAGCACAUCCACCAGGAACUGGACAAGGAGCUGGGGGAGAACGAGGGCCUGAGUGACGACGAGGAGACCAUCUCCACCAGGGUGGUCCGGCGUCGGGUCCUCUUCAAGGGGAGUGAGCUUCAGAAUAUUCCAGGGGAGCAGGUGACUGAGGAACAAUUCACAGAUGAGCAGGGCAACAUUGUCACCAAAAAGAUCAUCCGCAAAGUUGUUCGGCAGAUAGAGUCGUCUGGUGGCGAUGACACCCAGGAGCACGAGGAGGUGAUUGUCGAGGGGCCCCCGGAAGAUCCUGGGGAGAUGGAAGUUGAUAUUGAUAACUUUAUGAGACACAUCAAGGUGGAGCGGAGAGGGAAUAGCCUGCAGCCGGACCUGAUAGAGGGCAGGAAGGGGGCUCAGAUAGUGAAGCGGGCAAGCCUGAAAAGGGGGAAGCAGUGAUCUCGAGCACCCCCCUCAAAUGGCCUCUCUGGAGGAUCACACCUCGACACCCAACCCUUGAACUCCACACACUCUGCCAUGCACACAGGAGGAGAGCUGGACCGGAGGGCAGCACAACGGCGCACAUGUUCCUCUAGGCUAACGGCAUGAUCUCCGUAAGGGACUUCCUCUAGUCUCCUAUUCGCAUGAACGACCGACUGUAGACGCAUGACCUACAGUCCUCAAUCCUGCCUCUAGCGACAACCGAUCUCUGUUCUGUUGGGAAUCAGGACAAAAGCAGCAAGAAUGGGGGGGUGGGAGGGGGGGAGAGGGAUAGAAAGCAAGCGCAAGAGAGCGCAUGAACGCAGAAGUGAACAAGGGCUCUUUGUGGCUGGGGAUGAUAUAUUUUUUUAAAACAUUUUCAUUUUGACUUGUUACAGGGUACUUAUUUUUUCAAUAUCUCUAAGAAAUCUAUAUGGUCUUCCUGGAAAGAAAAAAAAAAGAGAACUAGGCUUGAAAUCAGUUCAGCACCUUAAUCCUAUGUCCUCAUCUGCCAGUCUUCCCUACCCACACACACCCCCAUUCCAUUUGUGACAGCCCCUCCCUCUCCCCAGUGGACCGCCCCCCCCCGCCCCCCCCCAGAACUCUCUACAUGACAUUAAGGACACACACAGAGGCACCGCUCCCCUCUACUCAGUAUACACACAGAUUUUACUGUGAUGUCUGAAGCUGUAUAGAAUCUCCUGUGGAUAAACUGGAAUUUUUUUUAUGUUGCCUCUCUCUCUCUCUCUCUCUCUCUCUCUCUCUCUCUCUCUCUCUCUCUGCCAGUUUCAGUAUUAAUCAUAUUCCCAUGGAAAAUCAUUACCUUUGGAGUGCAUUCGGGGUUCCUCGUGUUAGGGACUUAAGAAGCUGAGGUGAGGACCCCAGGCGUAGCUGUAGGGCCCACAGGGAGCCAGUGCCCCGUCCGAUAGGGUCUUGGCUCUCAGUUGGUGUCUGUCCCGGGAUUGCACCAGUAUGUUCACUAAAAAAGAGGUUUUCUAUAUCUUCG